AUGAGCGGUUUGAUGGCAGACCCCAAUGCUGCUAACAUGGCUGAUGCUGUAGAGGAGGAGAGGAGUAGGGGUAUCGGAGAGAUGGCUGCGAAGCAUGAUCUCGCACUGCUACAGGAGGUAUGGGGUUCGUAUACAUACAAUAUUGACCGUGCACUGAAGAGCAGCCAUGAUGUUUUAGAAGGGUACUCAAGUAGCAGUGGCAGUAACUAUACUGAUUGGUGGUAUAUGUAUUGGAAGCAGACUGGAGGCUUGUAUGAGGCAUGGAGAAAGGAAGGACCACUUAGAAAACUGAAGUGGUGGAAGAAGACGUUCAGAAAGAGUGUCCCUUUCACACAGCAAGGUUGUAUCUGUACAUGCUUUCAAGUAGCCGAUGCUCAAGGAGUCGACACUCCGAUGAAGUUGAUGGUGGUGAACUCGCACUAUGACGUCCUUGGAGGUUAUACCCAUCGCCAAUCCAACACUGAGGAUUUGAAGAGCCUCAUCAAAACUGCACUGGAGGAAGCGAUCGCUUCCGAGUUGAUUGACCCGCAGCGCACAGGGUUUCUGGUCUGCGGGGACUUCAAUGUAUUCGACAUUUCUCCGUAUUAUGAGAAACUCCGAACUCUGGAUGGUGUAGCGAAGACCCGUGAUUUGUGGCGAGAGGUUCAUGGCGAUGAUGAUGGAGAAUAUCGUUAUACGGUUCACAGCCAUCAUAAGAAGGCCAAAGAAACGUUGCCAAACGCCGACGGCAACAGUUUGUUCCCGUGGCCCUUGCCUCCAAUAAGAAUUGAUCAUUUCCUCGCCUUGGACGAGUUCGAGGGUAUCAAGUUCGCUAGAAUUGAAUGUUCUGAGAUAGAAGUUCUGCGACAGCCGUAUGGCAAGGAGCUUGCUGACCACUGGGGCCAACACUGUGUUAUAUCAAUGAAGAUUGUUAGAUAG